AUGGACACAAUAAUAAACCAGGAAUGGUCGAGGAUCUCGACAGAAUUGGUCCAGAACCCAGAUGAUUUGAAUCUUUGGCAACUGCUAAUCAAGGCAGCCGAGUCUAAUACUAAACGAGGCAUAACCAAGUCAUCUGGCUUCGAAGAAAUCGAUGUGCUAAGAGUCUCGUACCAAAAGUUGCUCCAAAAGUAUCCCUUAUUGUAUAACUACUGGAUAAAGUUCGCCGAGUGGGAAUUUCACCUUGGAGAUACUGAUAGAGCCAACCAAGUGUAUCAGUCCAGUUUAAAACAUCUUUCCUACAGCUGCGAGAUUUGGACCAGCUACUUGAAUUUCAAGAUCAACACCUCUAACGGUAACUUGGACGAAGUCUUGGGGUUGUUUGAACUGGCCAGAAGAAAAAUCGGCUACCAUUUCCAUGCAUACGAGUUCUACAAGUUGUACCUUUCAUUCCUUGAGAACUACCAAACUGAAACAGAGAACUUCAAGUUGAAGUACUAUGUUUUGCUUAGAAUCAUAGUGGAAAUACCGUUAUACCACUACGAGUACUUCUACAAGAAAUUGUUUGAUACUUUUGCAGAGAUUGGCAACGACGAAAAAAGAGCUAACGAACUUGUGCCGUUGGUGGUGCCGGAGAAGGAAUUGAAAAAUUACAAAACAUCCGAAAACAAGCAGUUAGCAUUACAUUUGAAAAAGACAUUUGUUGAUGCCUAUUUAACCACACAAUUCAAAGUAUAUGAAUUGUUCAACUUUGAAAAACAUAUCACUAGGCAGUACUACGACACAAGCAGCAUUUCCUCCCAGCAACUAGAGAAUUGGGACAUGUACCUUGACUUUCUUGAGUUGAGAGAAUAUCCCAAUGAUUAUAUCAUCUUCACAUACGAAAGAUGUUUGAUCCCGACAGCUUCGUAUGCCAGAUUCUGGACUAAAUACAGCGACUACUACAUCAACCAAGGAAACCACUUGAAAGCUGCUGAAGUCCUCGUCAGAGGAUACAAUUAUAGUGGACAGCAUAGCUUAUUAUUGAAACUUGUCGAUUUGCAAAUAUAUCUUCACAAUUUCACCAAGGCUAGAGACAUGAUACUUGCAUUUAUCAAGACGAACGCAUCAGUUCCACUUCCUAUCUACGAGAAGUUGAUUAACAUAGAACGGUUCUUA